UCAUCAUCUUUCAGAGAUAUUUUAUCCUUCAUCGAAUACUUAAUACUAAAAAUGUUAAUGAAUACAGUUACUUAAAAAAAAAAAAAAAUUUUUUUUUUUCCCCUGAAUCACACAGGUCAAAGAGGAAAUGAAAUUACUGUUACAGAAUAAUUAGGAAAUAUUGAGAACUUCAUGCAUCUGAAUGAAUGGGUUAUUGCCAAAGUGCUACUCACAGGCACAUUCAUAGCUUUAAAUUUUUUCAUUAUUAAAUAAGAGAAAAUGAAAGUAAGUUAAUUAAGUAUUCAACUCAAAGUUGGAAAGAAUAAAAUAAACCUAAAAAUAGCUGAUGAAAAGAAUUAUAAAAUGUAAGUGAUAUGAAUGAAUUAGAAAACAGACAAAAACAUUGGACUGAUAAAUCUAAGAGCUAUUUAUUUGAAAACAAAAAAUUGAGGAAAUAGACUGAACACUACCAUGUCUAAUUAGGAAAAGAGAUAAAACUCAAAUAUAUACAACUAAAAAUGAGUUGAUGUGAUGAUAGAAAGAGUAAAAAAUCAUAAAUUAUUUGAAAGAAUUAUUUUGUAGUUAAAAAAUAAACUUGAAAUAUAACAACUUUGAAAAAUUCAGUGAUAUGGUUGUUCUAGGGAAAUGACUCAGAAGCCUAAAACUUUACUAACAUGGGAAGAAACUGAACAUUAAAAAAAAUACUUCCAAAAAAAAAAAAAAAGACUCCAGAUACAGGCAGUUCAAUAGUUUUAAACUUUUGGGGACAAAAUAAUUGCCUGCUAAAUAAACUGCUUGAGAGCACAGAAAAAGAAAUAAAGCAUCUAGGUUGAUUUUACACUAGCCCAACUCUGGGAAUCAACAUCAUUACAAAGAUGACGCAAAAAGAAUGGUAAGGAUUGAGUUCAGGCAGCAUUAAUAUAGAUGCAGAAAUGCCCAAUAAAACAGUUGCAGAUAGAAUUCAGCAGUAUUAAAAAAAAAAAAGACAUAACCACACAAGGCUUAUCCCAGAAGUGUAAGGAGGACUUAAUAUUGGAAUGUCUUUCUUAAAAUACCUCAUGUAAGUAGAGCAAAGAAGAAAAAAAAUAUACAUCAGGAAGGUAUUUUAUAAUUUUCUGCUUUUAUUCCUACUUUGUUUAUAAUUUUAAACGGCCAAGAUAUACAGAGAUUUUAUUAACUUAAUGAAGAAACCAGCAGCUAACAGCUUCAUACUUGAAUGGUAAACCAUGAGAGGCAGCACUUCAAAAUUAGAAACAAGAUUGAAGUCUUCUUUUUCCUGCCUUAUUGAAUUGGCUAGGAUGUAAAAACCAAAGUCGAAUUAAAAAAAAAAGAAACAAGUUAUUUGCAGAUAUGAUUAUUUUCCUAGAACACCCAAGGCACAUUUAAAUUAAGGAGAAGUUCAGUUUCUAAGUAAAAUUUCAAAAAUCAUUUGUUUUCCCACUUACCGAGAAAAGCCAGUUAGAACAUGUUAUGGAGACCACUCAGUGGAGUGGAAUCAAGUAGAAAUGUGUAUGGUAAAGGUAGCAUUUCAAAUUAAUGAGAGGAAUUAGAAUAAUAACAGCUCAUAUUCUUUAGUGUUUCUAAUUGCUGCACAUUAUAAUAAGCACUUUUUCAUGAAUUUAUCUCAUUUAAUCCACAAAAGAACCUUAUAAAGUGGGCAUUACUAAUAGUUCCAUUUUACAGAUGAAGAAAUUGAGGCUCAGAGAGCUUAAGGAACUUGUCUAAAGUCACCCAGGCUUGAACACUGACCUGAUUGACACCAAAACCAAGUCUCUCUUAAUAUACUUUGCUGCCUGUCAUGUUAUGCAAUGCAGGGUUCUAAGACAAUUAGAUAAACCAGUGGGGGGGAAAUUAAGUUAGAAUCAUUCCUUGUUGUGUAUAUUUUCAUAAAUUCCAGGUGCAUUAGAGAGGUAAAGAUAAAAACUGAAAUAAUGAAAGAGCUAAAAGGAAAUAUAGGUUAAUAUUAACCUGAACAUGGGGCAGGGAGGAGGAGUGUUAAGUCUAACGCUUUUAGUGAAAAAGUCAUAAUGGAGAAGACUGACAUAACUAUACCUUAAAAAAUUCUGUAUGGCCAUCCGAGGCACAGUAUUUGGUCCCUAUUCGCCUGGAGCAACGGAGAAAGAAGGAGAGUUGGGAAUAGGAGGAGGAUAUGGAAUGUUUGGUUAAAUGCUUCCGUGAAAAACUGCCUCCUUUGCCAUGAGACCAGAAGAAGCAGAUGGUGCCUGGCAACCAUUACUGACCAUGUUGAUCAUAGAUUCUAUAGGAGAAUCCUGCGCAGGAAAUGCAGAACAGAAUUUCAAAUUCUCAUGGAAUCCAGGCUUUCUGGAGCCAGGGAGGCUAGAUGAACCCCUGAAACUAUUGCCCUGAGAUAAUCUUUAAAUUUUAAAUGAAAAAUCCCUGAAGUCUUCUUAAACCAAACAGUAGUUUAGCUUAACUAGUAAGAAAUGUCUGCCUUGAGCAUUAUAUUCUUUUAAGACCUAGCUAUAUGGGAUCAAAUUCACAGCAGCAAUUUAACAGAACCUUAGGGAGCAGUGAAUUUAUGUCAGUGGGUGAGGAACAACUCAGAAAAGGAGAAUGAGAAUGAUUGUACAACUCGAAGAAUGUAAUCAGUGUCACAAAUGAUACAUGGAGAAACUGUUGAAUUGGUAAUUGUUUUGCUGUGUAUAUUUGCAACAACAGCAUAAAAAAAAAAUUAAAAAAAUUCUGUAUGCUAGACACUACUAGCAAAAUUUAAAGACAUGUGACAAACUCAGAAAAGAUGUUUACAGCCCAUGUAAUUGACAGAGUUGUCCUAAAUAUCACCCACGUAGUUGACAGAGUUGUCUUAAAUAUCCUUAAUAUAUAAAGAGCUUUUAAAAAAUCAAUAGUAGAAAAAGGAGUGAUGAAUAUGCAUGGGCAACUCAUGUGAAAAAUAAAUUUAGGUUGCACAUUUGAAGAGCUAAAUGAUAGCCCAAUUUUAAAAAAUUUGCUUUUAUUUGAUUACCAGUGAGGUUGAGCAUUUUGUAUUUUUAACUAAGAUAUUUUGUAAAGCAAAUACCCUGUUAUGUUGAGGGGAUGGGAAUAUUGUACUUUUCUGAAAGGCUGUUCGGCAGCAUGUAUGAAGAAGCUUUAAAAUAAUGCUUAUUUAAAAUUACACCUUGUCACACCAUGAAUUCCUGGUUCUCUUUGCUCUGUUCUACUUUCUCUUUUUACCAUAGCAUAUGUCACUCAGUAAAAUACUAUGGUGUAUAAUUUUCUUAUUGGUUAUCCUUGAUUGUCUUUUCUUGCUAGAAUAUAAGCUCCAUGAGGGCAGAUCUUUGUCAGGGUUUCUGCUAAUUUGUAGUAUCUAGAACAGGGCUGUUGACCCAGCAAUUACAUUUCUAAUAAAAUCAAUGGAGAUAUGCAAAAGAAAUGUACUAAUAAAGAUUUUAAAUAUAGACAUGCAUAAUAGUGAAAAGUGAAAACAAUUUAAACCUCUCACAGGUGAUUGAUUUAAACUAUGUUAUGUCCGUAUGGCCGGUUGUUAUGUAGCUUUUUAAAACUCCUGCCUCACAGUUAAUGAAUGUGGGAAAACAGUGAUGUUAAAUUAAGUGCAAGGAGGUUGUGUGAACUUCAGCUUAAUUUUUAAAACAUAUACGUACUUAGACAUAGAGGAGAAGCUAAAGGAUAUAUACAACAGAAUUUUAACUAAAUGGUUAUUUGCAGGUGGUGGAAUUACAGGCUGCUUUUAUGACUUUAUUUUUCUGAACUCUGAGCAGUGAAUGUCUAUUACUUUUAUGGUAGUAAAGCCUAUGUGUUUAAAAAAUGUGAGUGAGGAUGUGGAAUCACUUGAAUGGCUCUGGUCUGGGGCUAUGUCUGGAAGUUUUUUUGGAGAUUACCCAGUAUUGUGAAUUAGUGAGAGCCUAAUUUAAAAAAUCAGCAAGAAUGUUCCCAUAGAGUGUCCUUAAGCUCCUUAGUCUUAAUUAUUUAUGAUAUUUACUGUAAGUGUCUAUGGUAUGUGUUUGUAAAAAUAAUGGAACUCUUAGUAAUGGGCAAGCUUGUGGAAUCUUCCUGGAGAUGCGAGAGCACCUCUGCCCAAUUUAGCUCUCUUGAUGGAAAUAUUUGUGUCGUCCUCGUAAUGUGUCACGGAAUUUCAUUGUAAGCUUAGAUUAUGCCUCUGCAUCAGCUGGGGGAUAUGGUGUUCUGAAAAUGAGGAUUUUCAGUUCUCACACAACCAAGGAGAAAACUGUCUACCUGAUGUGUUCCCUUACUGUGGGGAAGGAUGGACGGGGGACACGUGUGGGAGGAGGUGCCAGUUUAGAGGGGAAAUGUCAGAGGAGGAAGGAAGCCCUGAUGUGCCAAGAGUGGCCAUUUGCUGAUGGAAUUUUCCAGGCCAGCAAAUCAUAACGCCUGUUCAGCAUGUUUGGACUGAAGUUUCCCUGAAAAAUCAUGGACCAUAUUGCCUGGGGUUUGAGUUCCAUCUGUGCUACUUUACGACUGUGGGUCUCAGUUUCUUUAUCUGUGAAAGGAGAAGGUAAAACUAGAUCAGCUUUUCACUUUUCUUUCAGCUCUAACAUUCUGAAGGAAUCAGGUGCUUUCUUAUUUUAAGGCACGAAUUUUAGGUAUUUAUGUGUCAUCUGGGGCCCUGGUGGCACAGUGGUUAAGCGUUUGGCUGCUAAUCAAAGGAUUAGCAGUUCGAAUCCACCAGCCGCUCCUUGGAAAUCUUAUGGGGCAGUUCUCCUGUGUCCUGUAGGGUUGCUAUAAGUUGCAUUUGACUCGACAGCAAUGAGUUUAUGUGUCAUCUGGGGUGAUGGAGAGGCCCAAUGAGUUUCGCUACUUCAUAGCUUUGUGGACCGACAUGUGAGCAUGAUAGCUAAAGUUGCCUGAUGAAGGAAGAGCUGCUGUAGAGGAUCAGUCUGGCCUAAGUGAGAAUCCCAGUUCUACCACUUAUUGGCCAAGACCUUAUCCUCUUCAUCUGUAAAAUGGAGAGAUGUAUUAGUUACCUAUUGCUGCAUAACAAAUUACCCCAAAACUUAGCAGCUUAAAACAACAUUUAUUAUCUCAUAGUUCUUUUGGGUGAGGAAGCUGGGUCUGGCUUAGUUGGGUACCCUGCUUCAAGGUCUCUCAUGAGGCUGCAAUCAAGGUGUUGGUGGGGGCUGUGUGUGGUCUCAUCUGAAGGCCUGACUGGGAAGGGUCCACUUCUGAGUUCAUUCAUGUGGUUGUUGGCAGUUCUCAAUGCCUUGUUCACUGGAGAUUGCCCUUGGUUCUUUACCACGUAGGCCUCCCCAUAGGGCAGCUCACAGCAUCGCACUUGGCUUCCACUAGGGAGAGUGUGAGAGAGCGCAGAAGACAGAAACUAGUCUCUUUGUAACCUCAUCUUAGAAGGUAAGACAACCUUACUUUUGCCCUGUUCUGUUAGUAUUAUGUUGGUUAGAAGUAAGUCACUGUGUACAGCCCACACUCAUGGUGGGGGAUUUACAUGAGGGUGUGAAUACCAGGAGGUGGGGCCCAGAAGGGACCACCUUAGGGGCUAUCUAACAGGGAUUGUGAGAGGAUUGAGUGAAGUGAUGGCUUGUUAAGGGUCAGGGACAUCUUAGAUAGAAUGUUAGCCCCUCACUCCUACCUCCUGGUUUAUAAACUACUUUGCUUAAGGAUUGCCCUGUGGGGUUUAUUGGAGUCUCCAGGAGUGGGUCAGAAUGUGGAGAUGGGUCUCAUCAUGUGGUCUGACUUCCAUCCACUGUCUUUUUACAGUUAGGCCUUGAGCGUCUGUUGGCUGUUCUCUUAGACCUGUGACUCUUUGCCCUGUGUCUACUGGGGUGUGGUGUGUCUAGUGUAAUUUGAGAGGGAAAUGGGCGUUUGGCCCAUGAAAAUGCCCAGUGUGUGUUGCCGUGGGUUAUGCAGCAAUUCAGGGAAACACCUAGGAGCUCUUUGGGAGCCUGUGGGUUGAAACAGAAAAGCUUCCCGAAGUUGCCCCUCUUUCGAGUCUGAAUGCCACUACUUACGAAGUCAAGGAGGUCCGCCUGGCACAUCCUCUGGUUAAGGGACAAUCCAGUGGGUUGAGCUGGGUGCCAGACACUGCCACAACCCUAGGAAAUGAGUGAGGAAAAAAAAAAAAAUUAAGACCGAGUCCUCCCCCUAGAACAAGCUGAGCUUUGUGCAGAACAGGCUCCAAAUAUGAAAAGACCAUUGUUCCCGGAUGGCUUUUUAAUUAGUGCUCACUACUCACACCCAUCAAGUUGCCAAGAAGAGCUGCCUCCUUCCUUUCUUUCUCUAUGCACCCUUCACUCCUCCACUCUUCUCCCCAGUUCCCUGUGUGCCUACUGGUAGAGGGACCCUCGGCCAAUGGAGGAAUGCCAGAAGCAGUGUUGACAGCAGGGCUUUCCCCUUCUCUUGCCCAGGAUGCUUCUUUGAGUGAGCCCUCCACCUGUUGGAGAGCAGCCCUGUGCAUUUCCCGGUUCAGGAGCCAGCCCUGUCCCCUGCGGGGCUCUUGGAACAAAGCCCAGCCUCAGCCCGUUCCAAUCCUUUCCUCCAAAGCUCUGUGUGCACCUUCUCUUGCCUGAAGCCAAAACAGCAAACCAGAAAUUAACUAUUUUCUGUAUGUUUCAGCUUCCCUCUGGUUGCACAGCUCCUAGAGCUGAAUCUGGGUUGAUGAGCCUGAAAAAUCUUUAGAUUGCCAGUUGGCUUUCUAGAUCAAAUCCUAGGCUCCUCAGAAUAGGGCUGAUAUAAACUCAGGGAAGAGAGAGCGAUAUACACUGUGGGGGAAAUGGGCUGAUUUAGGAGUUGCUGCUGGGAUGUUUGUGUCUGGUGGUCUCGUGUGGACCUGCCCAGCACUGCCCUGGCAUUGGAAGGCAUACUGUUCUGUGUCUGACUUGCAUUACAUGCACUAACCAUGAAGAAUGAGAGUCUCAUUAGGGCUUAGGACAGAUGGGCCAUCCCUGAGCCAUUGUGCCUCUCUGAGAGUGAGGGGGAUGGGUACAAAUACUUAAAAGUAACUUGGUGCCACUCCUGCCCAGGUCUGGAUUGAGCCUACAAAGGUUUCUGCUUAACAGUUGCUGAGAAUGUGCCUCAAAAUUUUAUCGUCCACAGAGAUAUUUCUUCUGUUUACAGUCACUCCCAAGCCUUUGGAUUUGUUCUGCAUCUCUUGGUGCUUUAAGAUUCUGCAGCUACAAUCUCAGUUAUUAUUCUGGGUGACUUCGUGUAUGUAAUAUGCAUGGUGUGCAGAAAUAAUUCAGCGAGAUCUCGAGUUAUAUCAAAAUAGAGGCUCUCAUAGUCAGCCCACACCAGCAUGUAAAUAUUUUUGUGGCCACCACAGAGUUAACUACAUGCCACCAGGAAGAUACGAAUUUUCCAGUUAUCCCAUUAUAGGGUUACAAGGACUUUAAAUUAAGAAACCCCAGGGGCCUAGUUUAAUGGUGGACAAGCCCUGGAGAGAAGAUCUGAUUGACCAGAUAAGUUGUACACGAUUCCCUUGAAAAUCUGUUAACUCGAGGCACAGCCAGCUUAACUUCUUGACAUGUCUCCUAAAUAUAAUCGUAAAUGCCGUGGGAAAGAAUCUUGAGUAGAGUUGAGUUCUGUUAAAUCUAUGAGUGGGAAAAACAACCAUGAAUUAUUACAGGGAAGCCAGAUUAGAGUUACAUUUUAGGUUCUUGUCAGGAAGGAAGCCAGUGCAUUAGGCCUGUCCUGUACAGCAGCCACCAGCCUCCAUGGCUGCUGAGCACUUGAGAUGUGUCUAGCCCAUGCCGUCAGUGUGAAAUCCAUAUCAGAUUUCCAAAACUUAGUAUGAAAAAAGGGAAAAUGCCUUAAUAAAAUUUACAUUGAUUCCAUUUGACAUAAUACUUCAGAUACAUUGAAUGAAAUAAAAUAUAUUAAAAUUAAUUUUACCUGUUUCUUUUUCCCUUUUUUAAUGCAGUUAUGUGAAAAUUUUAAAUGACCUGUGUGGCUCCCAUUACAUUUCUGUCAGACAGCGCUGCAUUAGAUGAAGGAUAACUAAACAUGGAAGACCCAAAGUAUAUAGUCAAAUUCAGAAUACUGUGAAUAAUUUCAUGAUAAAAGAUCUGUAUUUUCCUUUUUUUUCAUGUAGAAUUUUUUUUUAUUAUACUUUAGAUGAAGACUUACAGAGCAAAUUAGUUUCUCAUUGAACAGUUAAUACACAUAUUGUUUUGUGACAUUGGUUGUCAACCCCACGACAUGUCAACACUCUCCCCGUCUUGACCUUGGGUUCCCCAUUACCAGCUUUCCUGUCCCCUCUUGCCUUCUCAUCCUUGCCCCUGGGCUGGUGUGUCCAAUUAGUCUCAUUUUGUUUUACGGGCCUGUCUAAUCUUUGUCUGAAGGGUGAACCUCUGGAAUGACUUCAGUACUGAGUUGAAAGGGUAUUUGGGGGCCAUACUCUUAGGGUUUCUGCAGUCUUUGUCAAACAAGUAAGUCUGGUCCUUUUUUGUGAGUUAGAAUUUUGUUCUACACUUUUCUCCAGCUCUGCCCGAGACCCUGUAUAUUGAUCCCUGUCAGAGCAGUUGGUGGUAGCCAGGCACCAUCUAGUUGUACUAGACUCAGUCUGGUGGAAGCAGUGGUAGUUGUGGUCCAGUAGUCCUUUGGACUAAUCUUUUUCUUGGGUCUUUGGUUUUCUUCAUUCUCCCUUGCUCCAGACGGGAUGGGACCAGCGGAGUAUCUUAGAUGGCCAUAUAUUUUCCUUUUGAUUAACCCACCUUAGAAAUCCAUCAGACUGUGUCUCUCUGGCUGUGGCUGAUGGUGAAGUGAUGAGGCAAAUUUUGUGGCUAGAAAAAUGGGUUGCUCCACAUAGUUGGUGCCAGUAGGCUGGGCAGUGCCUGCGGGGCCUUACCAUGGGAAACCCUUGAGGGGAAGGACCAUUCAUCAAGAGUGGAAGCAGCCCCUGGGGGAAAGACCCCUAUUUCUCAACUUGUGAGACCUUUGAGGGUAGACAGCUAUUGCUCAAACAGACCUCUGGACCCUCUGAAUACAGUUGUCCAAGUUAAAGGCCCAAGGCAAGACAGCACCAUUCAAUUCUUCUGUGGCAUUGAGACCGCCAUGAUACUUAAUACAUAGAUCUUACCCCAUUGACAUGGAUGGGUAUGGCAGAGGAGUUUCUGAAGUGUGGUGUGCCUUUGUGGAAUGCCAGAGUUAGAUUUCUGUUUAUGAUUUCCUUUCUCAAGAUUUGGUUGGGGGGAAAUCUCUUUUUGAGCAGGGCCCAACAGUUCUCUUUAACGAGCACCAAGAUUUUGUCCUUCUGCAGAGAGGGGGAGACUUUUCUUGACAAUACUGACUGUCCAGCCUCGCCAUUAUUGGCUUUUACCAGCUGAGCAGUCAAGGGUUCACCAUGCCAGUUGUCAGCAGUAGCAUCUAGAGUGCUAGCAAAACGAGAUUGACCUCAUUAAGUUUCCUUUAAGUUUGUCUUUGUUAUUAUCCUGCCUUCCAUAGUACUGGUCAGACCAGUCCCUAUCUGGCUGAUUAUUAUCAAUAAAGUAAACUAAGCUCUGUGGCCAAAAAGAGUCUCUAGCAUCCUGUAGCUUAAGUUUACCAGGUGAAACUACUGCAUUCAUAGGACGGCGUCUCUGAAUACCAGAAAUUGAGGCCAUUUUUGUAUGAGGGGUGCCCUAGCUCCUCUCCUCCUCUGUGGAUGCAUAGCCAGUUAUAAGUCUUAACUUGUUACAAGGUUUAUCCUUUUUGUAGAGUUGGUGGAUAGUUGUUAGUAAUAUAUUGGUACUUUAGAAUGCAUGGGUAGCCACACCAGUUGUAGACUCUGACUCUUUAUCAAGACCCUACUUGGUGCACAGACACACUGUGCUGGGCACUGGUUUACACAAGACAAAAAGCCACAGCCCCUGGCCAUAAGGAAGUCAUGUCUACUUGGACUAAUAAUGAUGCAUAUACGUAGUUACCUACAUUUAGAGACUUAGGAGAAGUAGAAGAACCGAGGUUAGUACUCACAGUUAAGAGGAAGGCCAGGAUAGUAUAGUGCCUCUUGAGCAGAGAAUUGAGAAAUCCCAAGCCUAAGGGCCUGGGUGGCUGGAAUAAAACCAAGAUUUAUUUGCAUUUUCAGUUUGCACUGUUUUCAUAUAUGCUCUUCUGACCCUCUUAACAAUCUCAGAGUCAUUCAGGCAGAUUAAAACCAUCUCUGUGUCCUGGUGAGGCCCUGAGAAGUUAACGUGUUUUGCCCAAGGUCAGGCAGCUAGGGAGCGGCAGGGCUGGGACUCACCCUGGGGCCUGGAGGCGGAUUCCUGUGUUCAUGCAGCACACCAUGCCACAUCCCUCUCUUACAGCUUCUGCAGAAGCUCAGAAAUUGACUGACAGGCUUUGUGUGUUUUAUAUUAGAGGAAUUUCGGGGCUUGCCUUGGGGAGAAGAAUAUGACAGCUAUAGUUGUAGAUGUGAUUGGAGGGAUAAAGAAGGUGUCCAUCAGAGAGGUUUGUGCCAGCGGUUUAAUUUCCUUUAUUUCAGGACUGGAAGUUAUUUAAAUUACUUUAUAGACUUCCUGUUUCCUUACAAGAGCUCAUUAAGUCUAGGCUGAGCUGCUGCAUUGCCAUAACGGAGUAACUGGACCUGCAGUUCCCAUUCUGUCCUCUAGGGCACACAGAUGGAAGUUCAGGCUGACAGUGGAGGGGCGGGUUUGGGCAGCUCAUCUGUGGAGGCUCUUUUAAUAGAUGGCAAUGCUUUUCUGCAAGGAUAAAGAAUCACCCAGUACUCCAGUUAGACUCUGUAGCCUAGAUUUUCUGAUCUUGUUAAUUUCACUGUUAUUGGAGAAAUGGUAGGUGCACCCCCUCAUCAAACCAUAGGACAAGGACCCUGUCUCCAUUUUUGGUGACUGGAGUGCAGCCUUGGAUUAAACAUGGCUCUUAGAAGCUGACAGCGAUCAGGAAAACGUGUUGGUGAAACCGUGGCUUACGUUAACCCUCUAUUACUUGCUGGAAAGGCUUUCAAACAGGGAUUCCAGGAUCACUCUACAGCUUUUUGAAGCCUGCCCAAAGGCAGCUCUUCAAGAGAUAUGAAUUUACUAGAUGAUUUACCUUUAAAACUGCCAAGAAAAUAAUUUUAGAUGGCCAGGAAACACCCCCUCCCCUGUGCGUCUUUAUGGUUCUAUCAGGGGACACCUGCCCCGGUGCUCAGGGCUGAGUCUGUUGCAGAGUGCUAAUUAGAAAUAACAGCAACAACAAACAGGUGUUCACAGGGAAAAUAAAUGGUGUCAACCUCAGGAAGGUGUCGCCAACUCCCUGCAGAUGUAUGGGGUAGCCUCAAGGUAGGGAAGCCAGGGUGGUUACUAUCCACCGUGAGAAAGGUGGAGAAGAUAGAGCUCAGAUAGGUUGCCCAUGUCCAGACUUUACUUGGCUUGAUGACCUUUAUUCCUUAGUUUGAGGUUAUGUUAAGCACUGUGUGCACCGUUGAUACUCAGUACACAUCCAGUUUCAGCUGGUUCAAAAUGUCUCCGAGAAUCUCAGGAAUUACCAUUUAUAGGGGUGAAAGGUGGGAAGGGGCAUCUUUCCUUACUACUGGGCAGACAAGAAUCUUUCCAAAGGUGGUGGUAACAAGCAGCGACUUAAAUGUAACCUGAGCCAGACUUGUAUGUCUAAGUGAAUGCUGAGUCUUAUAUAUUCAUUUAAAAUGUUAAAGUCUGUAAUUUCUUUAUAAAGAAUUCUAAAAUAAUAAAGAUGACCUGGUAGGCAAAAUUCACUUGUAUUUUCUAAAAGCUUUUGAUAAGGUCCCUCAUAAAAGAUUAAGAGAGAAGAAAACCACAGUGUGGCGCAGAGCCCUUGUUGUGGAUUAAAAAAUGAUGAAGUGAUAGGGAACGGAAGACUUCUGGUAGAGACCCACUACUUGUAGUGGGGAGAGGUUAAUAGAGGGGUGUCUGAGGAGUCUUUUGUUGGGGCUGGAGUUAUUAAGUAUAUUAAUCGUUUGGAGAAGGAAACGGAGGGUGAAUUGGUGCAGCUGGCUGCCGCUACCCUGGUUUUUGUAACUGGAUUCAACCUAGUGAUUCUGCACAGUGUUGAAUGCAUGGGAGGAUUGGCCAGUGCAAUGGCAGAAGAAAUUAAGUUUGAGGAAGUCUGUAGUGUAAUUCAUAUUGGCAGAAAGUCUAGAACACAUGGGCAAGCUACAGUGCCCCUGAACUUGACUUGCUGUCUCUCCUGAGGAAAGAAGUUCAGGAGUUAUCAUGGGCAACAACAGUUCAGUGAAGUGGCUUUUGUAGACCAGAGCAGAUAGAGGAAAUUGGAAUUUCCCUUCCCCCUGAGAAUGGAGGGACAGGCUGAAAAAUAAAAGGUUUGUUUGGGAAGAAUAAUACAGACCCUACACUGCUGCGUUGGUUUUAGGUGAAAGGUGGAUGAACAUUUUAGAUUCUAAUUGUUACGUCAUUAAUGUUUGUUUGAACCAGUACAGCCAGUGGUUCCUCAGGUGUUACUGCUUGGGAAGAUGCUAUAGCAGAUACUUAAGUCUUUUAUUGUCCCGUCAUCAUUAGAAGGGACAGUUCUUUAGACUUUCUGACAAUAUUCUCCUCUGUGCAGUUAUAUUUAUUUCUAGAGUGAUGAAGAAGGCAGGCUGUAUUGUAAGGAAAUGCCUCUAUUUUUCAGUGGACAAUUUGCAUGUUAUUUGAAACAUGCUACAUGUAUAUGGGACAUUAGUGGAGGUGACCUGUUGAACGGGUCUGAUUGAAUUACCAAAUCAUAGCACACGAUCAUACAGACCCUUUAGGGUAGGUCGCACGAUUUGACAUCUGAAUUUUCUAAGGUGAAAGGUGGGGCAUACAAGCCGUUGAGGGGGUACUUUUACAGCUUUGGAAACUGUAUAGGACAGUUCUACUCUGUCCUGUAGGAUUGCUAUGAGUCAGAACCGACUCGAUGGCAAAGAAUUUGGUUUUUCAGGCUUUUGUUCCUUCUGUGAUUGAAAUGAAAGUUUUUCGCACAUGGCCAUCUGUCUUAAGAGCUUGUAUGCUCCUGAAUGGGCUCUUCCAGGCAAGCCCUAGAUUUCUUUCUUAGCCACUCUCCUUUACAUACUAAUUUCCUUUUGUAGCUGUCUCAUUCUGAGUCCCACUUUAAUUAAAAUUGGGAAAAGUGCUGGCCUCCUGUAGAAAUGUUGCUGUCCCUCCUUUUGGCUGUGAGCAGAUGCCUCUGUGUGGCUUGGGGUCCCCAGCAGGGCCUCUUGGGGAAUUUUUGCAAUCUUGGUCCUGCAUAGUUAGAAGCUGCAAUUACUACUUGGUCGCUAAUUACUCUGCUUAGCAUUAGAUCGGUUUACAGAGGGAGCUUGGAGCCUGUCAGCAAAGGUCAGCGAGAGGUCCUCUCACUAAACAGCCCUCUUGUGAUAGCUGUACAAGGGAAAAGGCAUUAUCAGGGGAAGGCGGGAAGCCAGCUUUGGGCCUUAGGAUCCUUGCUGGGGCAUGGCAGAGGGAGAAGUGCUCUUGAUGACUAAAGGGGUCAUGGAGGCUGAUAACCCUUCGCAUAUCCUUUCUCAGAAAGCCAGGAGGAAGGUGGAGUAAGCCUUUUAUUGGGAAGAUACACUUUAGUAAGGAGGGAGAUACAUUGAGGACCCCAAGACGUGCCAGUUGGUGACUUUUAAUGGUUGACUCUGUUAGAAAUAUCAGUUCAGGGAAAGCCUCUGAAAAAUCCAAGGAGAGAGCUCCCCAGACUUGGGGCAUAAUUUUUUAAAUUAUUAUUAUUAUUUUUUACCAACUGUACUAUAUUAUUUGCUUCACAUGUUUCUUUUAGUGGAGUCCACUAUUAAAAACAAAUAACUGCUUUAACAUCAUCCCAAGCAAUGAAAGCUGAGGAAUUACAGGUGUGUGCUAUUUGUAUUGGUUCAAAUAAAUAUUAAAUAUAUAAAGUUUAGAAUUAGAACGUUCAUGCACAUAUCACCUAGAAUCAUCUGGCCUGUCACCAUCAAUGUGUGUGUGACAUACUGGAAAUUAAUGGAAAAGACACUCUACUGGCAGUUGGGAUGCUUGUUUUCAAGCCAUCAUUGUUUGCGUGAUGAGGUGUGUGUCUCCACUUCUCUGAGCCUGAAAAAUGAGCUAGAAUCUGCCUUGAUUCAUAGGAUCAAUGAAUGAAAUGAGAAGGUUCUCUCUUCCUCUCUCCUUCUCUAUGUGUGUGUGUGUGUGUAUGUGUGUAUAUAUACACACAAAUACAUGUAUCUCUAUAUAGUAUGUAUACUGUAUGUAUUUGCACACAGAUAUAUGUAUGUGUGUGUAAAUAUUAAUAGCUAACCCUUAUUAAACACCCACUGUGCUAAAUACUUCACCGUCUCAUUAAUCCUCACAACCAUAUGAGGCAAAUAGAAUCCCUACACCCAUUAUGCAUUAUACAUAUGAGGAGCCUGAGGCCCACAGCAGCCUUUACAUGGCUGCUGCUCUGGGCAGCCAGCCCAGAGCAUAAACUCGCGACCACAGUGUUAUGCCCCAAACAUGUGGAGGAGCUCUUUGUUAUUGAUCCACUUCAAGGUGCUAGUUUUGUGCCUCUCCAGUAUCUGCCUGUUGGGGUGCGUAAUGACACACCUAAUGAGGAAAAAAUCAUUUGAAGUGAGAUGGUCCAGAAAAGUGUGUUCAGCUCCUAAUAGGUGGGUCUCUUCUACAUUCUCUUAGCAGCUGCAGAAGAUUCCAAGAGCUCAGUUCCAGCCACCCCUUUGUCCCAUUGCUGGUUGGGGCAGGUCUGGACCUCACCAUAGCUCUCCUGCUUUCAAUCAGGGCAAGAUCAGUAUGCAGUUGAUGGGGGCCUUGGAGGAAGGGGUUCGAUGUGUUAUAUUGAUAAAGUGUGCUUACAGUCUGGGACUUGGGAGCUCCUUCAGAACUCUGUGUUUGAUCUCUUUGUAGGUACAGUGCGUUUCCCCAGCAUUAGUGGCCCCAGCUAUGCCAGGACCUAGCAUGCCUUCCAGCUUGAGGAAGACGGCACCGUGCCAUCCUAAACCUCAGAAAUUGCUGAGUGGCAGCAAUAGGAGGUCCGAUCCGUACUGGGUGCAAUGAAAGCUCCACGCAGGCCUUACCAUGGAAGGCUGUGACUCGCCUGUCGUCUCGGGGAAGGACAAUGGGUGCGGUCUCCCUCAGCACCAGCAAUGGACUGAACUCAACAGCACCCACCUCCCCGACAAACCCAGUAGCAUGGAGCAGCCCACGAGCGAGAACCACGGGCCCCUGGACAGCCUGAGGGCCCCCUUCAAUGAGCGCCUCGCGGAGAGCACCGCCUCGGCCGGCCCCGCUGCCGAGCCUGCUAGCAAGGAGGUCAGCUGCAACGAGUGCUUGGCCUCCUUCGCCAGUUUACAGACCUACAUGGAGCACCACUGCCCCAGCGCGCGUCCCUCACUGCCCCUGAGAGAGGAGAGUGGGAGCGACACCAGUGAGGAGGGGGACGAGGAGAGCGAUGUGGAGAACUUGGCUGGAGAGAUAGUCUACCAGCCGGAUGGCUCGGCCUACAUUGUCGAGAGCCUGAGCCAGCUGACCCAAAGCGGAGGCGCCUGUAGCAGUGGCAGCGGGGCUCUCCCUUCGCUCUUUCUGAACUCUCUCCCCGCCGCGGGGGGCAAACAAGGGGACCCUUCUUGUGCUGCACCAGUCUACCCACAGAUCAUCAACACUUUCCACAUAGCCUCAUCCUUCGGGAAAUGGUUUGAGGGCCCAGACCAGGCUUUCCCGAAUACCUCAGCCCUGGCGGGGCUCAGCCCCGUCCUGCACAGCUUCCGCGUUUUCGACGUGCGACACAAAAGCAACAAGGAUUACCUGAACAGCGACGGUUCUGCCAAAAGCUCCUGCGUAUCCAAAGAUGUUCCCAACAAUGUGGACCUGUCCAAAUUCGAUGGCUUUGUGCUCUAUGGGAAGAGGAAGCCCAUUCUGAUGUGCUUCCUGUGCAAACUUUCCUUCGGGUACGUCCGCUCGUUUGUGACGCACGCCGUGCACGACCAUCGAAUGACCCUGAGCGAGGACGAGCGGAAAAUUCUUAGCAAUAAGAACAUCUCCGCUAUCAUCCAAGGGAUCGGCAAAGACAAGGAACCCCUUGUAAGUUUUUUGGAACCAAAAAACAAAAACUUUCAACACCCUUUAGUUUCCACAGCUAACCUCAUAGGCCCCGGACACAGUUUUUAUGGUAAAUUUAGUGGCAUUCGGAUGGAAGGGGAGGAGGCUCUCCCAGCCAGCUCUUCUGCUGGCCCUGAGCAGCCCCAGGCUGGUAUCUUGACCCCCAGCACCCUCUUGAACCUUGGCGGGCUCACCAGCUCAGUCCUGAAGACCCCCAUUACCUCAGUCCCCCUGGGGCCUCUGGCUUCCAGUCCUACCAAAUCCUCAGAGGGCAAGGACUCUGGGGCAGCAGAAGGAGAGAAGCAAGUGGUGGGUGACCCAGAUUGCUUCUCCGAGAAAGCAGAGCCAGCUGAGGAGGAGGAGGAAGAGGAGGAGGAGGAGGCAGAGGAGGAAGAAGAAGAGGAAGAGGAGGAAGAAGAGGAGGAGGAAGACGAGGGUUGCAAAGGACUCUUUCCAAGCGAGUUGGACGACGAACUGGAGGACAAGCCCCACGAGGAGUCUGGGGCCGCGGCAGGUAGUAGCAGCAAAAAGGACCUUGCUCUCUCAAACCAAAGCAUUUCUAACUCCCCCUUAAUGCCUAAUGUGCUCCAGACCCUGUCGAGGGGCACAGCUUCUACUAGUUCUAAUUCUGCUUCUUCCUUUGUUGUCUUUGAUGGUGCGAACAGGAGGAAUCGUUUAAGCUUUAACAGUGAGGGCGUCAGGGCCAACGUGGCAGAGGGCGGCAGGAGGCUGGACUUCGCUGAUGAAAGUGCCAAUAAAGACAAUGCCACAGCACCAGAACCAAAUGAAAGUACAGAGGGCGAAGAUGGGAGCUUCGUCUCCCAUCACCAGCAUGCUGGCUCCCUCUGCGAGCUUGGGGUUGGGGAGUGCCCCUCGGGGAGUGGCGUGGAGUGCCCCAAGUGCGACACGGUCCUGGGCUCCUCCCGCUCGCUGGGCGGCCACAUGACCAUGAUGCAUUCUCGUAACUCGUGUAAGACCCUCAAGUGCCCCAAGUGCAACUGGCACUAUAAGUACCAGCAGACGCUGGAGGCACACAUGAAGGAGAAGCACCCAGAGCCGGGGGGCUCGUGCGUCUAUUGCAAAAGUGGGCAGCCCCACCCUCGGUUGGCGCGAGGAGAAAGCUACACCUGUGGUUACAAGCCUUUCCGCUGCGAGGUGUGUAACUACUCCACAACGACCAAAGGCAACCUCAGUAUUCAUAUGCAGUCUGACAAGCAUCUCAACAACAUGCAGAACCUGCAGAAUGGAGGAGGUGAGCAAGUCUUCAGCCAUAGUGCCGGUGCGGCGGCAGCUGCAGCGGCCGCAGCGGCUGCAGCAGCCAAUAUCGGUAGCUCCUGCGGGGCCCCCUCGCCCACCAAACCAAAAACCAAACCCACCUGGCGGUGCGAGGUGUGCGAUUAUGAGACCAAUGUGGCUAGGAACCUCCGCAUUCACAUGACUAGUGAGAAGCACAUGCAUAACAUGAUGCUGCUGCAGCAGAACAUGACCCAAAUUCAACACAACCGCCACCUGGGCCUCGGCAGCCUGCCCUCGCCUGCUGAGGCUGAGCUCUACCAAUACUACUUGGCCCAGAACAUGAACCUGCCCAACCUGAAGAUGGACGGUGCCACGUCGGAUGCCCAGUUCAUGAUGAGCGGAUUCCAGCUGGAUCCCACUGGGCCCAUGGCUGCCAUGACGCCUGCUCUAGUGGGCGGUGAGAUCCCCCUAGACAUGCGGCUCGGGGGCGGGCAGCUGGUGUCCGAGGAGCUGAUGAACCUGGGCGAGAGCUUCAUCCAGACCAACGACCCAUCGCUGAAGCUCUUCCAGUGUGCCGUCUGCAACAAGUUCACCACGGACAACCUCGACAUGUUGGGCCUGCACAUGAACAUGGAGCGCAGCCUUCCGGAAGACGAGUGGAAAGCUGUGAUGGGGGACUCGUACCAGUGCAAGCUGUGCCGCUACAACACCCAGCUGAAGGCCAACUUCCAGCUGCACUGCAAGACAGAUAAGCACGUGCAGAAGUAUCAGCUGGUAGCCCACAUCAAGGAGGGUGGCAAAGCCAAUGAAUGGCGGCUCAAGUGUGUGGCCAUCGGCAACCCUGUCCACCUCAAGUGCAAUGCCUGUGACUACUACACCAACAGCUUGGAGAAGCUGCGGCUGCACACGGUCAACUCCAGGCACGAGGCCAGCCUGAAGUUGUACAAGCAUCUGCAGCAGCACGAGAGUGGUGUCGAGGGAGAGAGCUGUUACUACCACUGUGUCCUGUGCAACUACUCCACCAAGGCCAAGCUCAACCUCAUCCAGCACGUGCGGUCCAUGAAGCACCAGCGCAGCGAGAGCUUGCGCAAGCUGCAGCGGCUGCAGAAGGGUCUUCCCGAGGAGGACGAGGACCUGGGGCAGAUCUUCACCAUCCGCAGGUGCCCCUCCACCGAUCCAGAAGAAGCCAUUGAAGAUGUUGAAGGACCCAGUGAAACAGCUGCAGAUCCAGAGGAGCUUGCUAAAGACCAAGAGAGUGGAGGCGAGAAAGACCAGAGCAAGUGGACAGCCACAUCCAGCCAAGGAGAGAAGGAGCUGACAGAUUCUCCUGCAACCUCCAAACGGAUCUCCUUCCCAGGUAGCUCAGAGUCUCCCCUCUCUUCGAAGCGACCAAAAACAUCCGAGGAGACUAAACCAGAGCAGAUGUACCAGUGUCCCUACUGCAAGUACAGCAACGCCGAUGUCAACCGGCUCCGGGUGCAUGCCAUGACACAGCACUCGGUACAGCCCAUGCUUCGCUGCCCCUUGUGCCAGGACAUGCUCAACAACAAGAUCCACCUCCAGCUGCACCUCACCCACCUCCACAGUGUGGCACCUGACUGCGUGGAGAAGCUCAUUAUGACGGUGACCACUCCUGAGAUGGUGAUGCCCAGCAGCAUGUUCCUCCCAGCAGCCGUUCCAGAUCGAGAUGGGAAUUCCAAUUUGGAAGAGGCAGGAAAGCAGCCUGAAACCUCAGAGGAUCUGGGAAAGAACAUCUUGCCUUCAGUGAGUACAGAGCACAGUGGAGAUUUGAAACCAUCUCCUGCUGACCCAGGCUCUGUGAGGGAAGACUCAGGCUUCCUCUGCUGGAAGAAGGGGUGCAACCAGGUUUUCAAAACUUCUGCUGCCCUUCAGACACACUUCAGUGAAGUUCACACCAAGAGACCUCAGCUGCCCGUGUCAGAUCGCCACGUGUACAAGUACCGCUGUAAUCAGUGCAGCCUGGCAUUUAAGACCAUUGAAAAGUUGCAGCUCCAUUCUCAGUACCAUGUGAUCAGAGCUGCCACCAUGUGCUGUCUUUGCCAGCGCAGUUUCCGAACUUUCCAGGCUCUGAAGAAACACCUCGAGACGAGCCACCUGGAGUUGAGUGAGGCUGACAUCCAGCAGCUUUAUGGUGGCCUUCUGGUCAACGGGGACCUCCUGGCAAUGGGAGACCCCACCCUGGCUGAGGACCACACCAUAAUAGUUGAGGAAGACAAGGAAGAAGAGAGUGACUUGGAAGAUAAACAGAGCCCCACUGGCAGUGACUCUGGAUCAGUACAAGAAGACUCAGGCUCAGAGCCAAAGAGAGCUCUACCUUUCAGAAAAGGCCCCAACUUUACCAUGGAAAAAUUUCUAGACCCUUCUCGCCCUUACAAAUGUACCGUCUGCAAGGAAUCUUUCACUCAAAAGAACAUCCUGUUAGUGCACUACAAUUCUGUUUCCCACUUGCAUAAAUUAAAGAGAGCCCUUCAAGAAUCGGCAACUGGUCAGCCAGAACCCACCAGCAGCCCAGACAACAAACCUUUUAAGUGCAACACCUGUAAUGUGGCCUAUAGCCAGAGUUCCACUUUGGAGAUCCAUAUGAGGUCUGUUUUGCAUCAAACCAAGGCCCGGGCAGCCAAGCUGGAGGCUGCAAGUGGCAGUAGCAGCGGGACUGGAAACACCACCAGUGUCUCUCUGAGUUCUUCCACCCCAAGUCCUGUGAGUACCAGCAGCAGUAACACCUUUACCACCACCAAUCCAAGCGGUGCUGGCAUUGCUCCAAGUUCCAACAUACUGAGCCAAGUCCCCACUGAAAGUGUAGGUAUGCCGCCCCUUGGGAAUCCCAUCGGUGCAAAUAUUACUUCCCCUUCAGAGCCCAAGGAGGCCAAUCGGAAGAAGCUGGCAGAUAUGAUUGCCUCCAGGCAGCAGCAACAACAACAGCAACAGCAGCAGCAACAAGCACAGACACUGGCCCAGGCCCAGGCCCAAGUUCAAGCUCACUUGCAGCAAGAGCUGCAGCAGCAGGCAGCCCUGAUCCAGUCUCAGCUGUUCAACCCCACCCUCCUUCCUCACUUCCCCAUGACCACUGAGACCUUGCUGCAGCUGCAGCAGCAACAGCAUCUCCUCUUCCCCUUCUACAUCCCCAGUGCUGAGUUCCAGCUCAACCCCGAGGUAAGCUUGCCCGUGACCAGCGGGGCGUUGACACUGACUGGGACAGGCCCAGGCCUACUGGAAGAUUUAAAGGCUCAGGUUCAGAUCCCACAGCAAAGCCACCAGCAAAUCCUGCAGCAACAGCGGAGCCAGCUCUCUCUGUCCCAGAGUCACUCUGCCCUUCUUCAGCCAAGUCAACAACACCCCGAGAAGAAAAACAAAUCAGUCAUCAAAGAAAAGGAGAAAGAAAGCCAGAGAGAGAGGGACGGUGCCGAGGGGGGAGAAGGCAACCCAGGACCAAAGGAAUCACUGCCAGAUGCCAUGAAGGCCAAAGAGAAGAAGGAGUUGGCACUAGGGAGUAGUUCUGAGCCUUCCAUGCUCCCUCCGCGCAUUGCCUCAGAUGCCAGAGGGAAUGCCACCAAGGCAUUGCUGGAGAACUUUGGCUUUGAGCUGGUCAUUCAGUACAAUGAGAACAAACAGAAGGUACAGAAGAAGAAUGGGAAGACGGAGCCAGGAGAGAAUUUGGAAAAGCUUGAGUGUGAUUCCUGUGGCAAGUUGUUUUCUAACAUCUUGAUUUUAAAGAGUCAUCAAGAGCAUGUUCACCAAAAUUACUUUCCCUUUAAACAGCUGGAGAGGUUUGCCAAACAGUACAGAGAGCACUAUGAUAAACUCUACCCCCUGAGGCCCCAGACCCCAGAGCCCCCACCCCCUCCACCUCCACCCCCUCCUCCUCCUCCUCCUCUUCCUGCAGCACCACCUCAGCCAGCUUCCACGCCAGCCAUUCCUGCUUCAGCCCCACCCAUCACGUCUCCUACGAUUGCACCAGCCCAGCCAUCUGUUCCACUCACCCAGCUCUCCAUGCCAAUGGAGCUGCCCAUCUUCUCACCACUGAUGAUGCAGACGAUGCCACUACAGACCUUACCGGCUCAGCUGCCACCUCAACUUGGACCUGUGGAACCUCUGCCUGCAGACCUGGCCCAGCUGUACCAGCAUCAGCUCAAUCCAAGCCUGCUCCAACAGCAGAAUAAGAGGCCUCGAACCAGGAUCACGGAUGACCAGCUCCGAGUCCUGCGCCAAUAUUUUGAUAUUAACAACUCCCCCAGUGAAGAACAGAUCAAAGAGAUGGCAGACAAGUCUGGGUUGCCCCAGAAAGUGAUCAAGCACUGGUUCAGAAAUACUCUCUUCAAAGAGCGGCAGCGUAACAAGGACUCCCCUUACAACUUCAGCAAUCCUCCCAUCACCAGUCUGGAGGAGCUGAAGAUUGACUCCCGGCCCCCGUCACCAGAACCUCAGAAGCAGGAGUACUGGGGAAGCAAAAGGUCUUCAAGAACAAGGUUUACUGACUACCAGCUGAGGGUCCUGCAGGACUUUUUUGAUGCCAAUGCUUACCCAAAGGAUGAUGAAUUUGAGCAACUCUCUAAUUUACUGAACCUUCCAACCCGAGUCAUAGUGGUGUGGUUUCAAAAUGCCCGACAGAAGGCCAGGAAAAAUUAUGAGAAUCAGGGAGAGGGCAAAGAUGGAGAGCGGCGUGAGCUUACUAAUGAUAGAUAUAUUCGAACCAGCAACUUAAACUACCAGUGCAAAAAAUGUAGCCUGGUGUUUCAGCGCAUCUUUGAUCUCAUCAAGCACCAGAAGAAGCUGUGUUACAAGGAUGAAGAUGACGAGGGGCAGGAUGACAGCCAAAAUGAGGAUUCCAUGGAUGCCAUGGAAAUCCUGACUCCCACCAGCUCUUCCUGCAGCACCCCAAUGCCCUCACAGGCUUACAGUGCCCCAGCUCCAUCAGCCAAUACAGCUUCCUCUGCCUUCUUGCAGCUUACAACAGAGGCUGAUGAAUUGGCCACUUUCAGUUCAAAAACAGAAGCAACUGAUGAGAAACCAAAGCAGGCUGAACCUCCCAGUGCACAGCCAAACCAAACCCAAGAGAAGCAAGGGCAACCAAAGCAAGAGCUACAGCAGCAAGACCAGCCUGAGCAGAAGACAAACGCAUCCCAACAAAAGCUCCCACAGCUGGCUUCUCCCCCUUCAUUACCACAGCCACCUCCACAAGCGCCCCCUCCUCAGUGCCCCUUACCACAGUCGAGCCCUAGUCCUUCCCAGCUCUCCCACCUUCCCCUCAAGCCCCUCCACACGUCAACUCCUCAACAGUUGGCAAACCUACCUCCUCAGCUAAUCCCCUACCAGUGUGACCAGUGUAAAUUGGCAUUUCCAUCAUUUGAGCACUGGCAAGAACAUCAGCAACUUCACUUUCUGAGUGCACAGAACCAGUUCAUCCACCCCCAGUUUUUGGACAGGUCACUGGAUAUGCCUUUCAUGCUCUUUGACCCUAGUAACCCACUCCUGGCCAGCCAGCUGCUCUCUGGGGCCAUACCUCAGAUUCCAGCAAGCUCAGCCACUUCUCCUUCAACUCCAACCUCCACAAUGAACACUCUGAAGAGGAAGCUGGAAGAAAAGGCCAGUGCAAGCCCUGGUGAAAAUGACAGUGGGACAGGAGGAGAAGAACCUCAGAGAGACAAGCGUUUGAGAACAACCAUUACACCAGAGCAGCUAGAAAUUCUCUACCAAAAAUAUCUACUGGACUCCAAUCCAACUCGAAAGAUGUUGGAUCACAUUGCUCAUGAGGUGGGCCUGAAGAAACGUGUGGUCCAAGUUUGGUUUCAGAAUACCCGAGCUCGAGAAAGGAAAGGACAGUUUCGGGCUGUAGGUCCAGCCCAGGCCCACAGGAGAUGCCCUUUUUGCAGAGCGCUUUUCAAAGCCAAGACUGCCCUGGAGGCUCACAUACGGUCUCGUCACUGGCAUGAAGCCAAGAGAGCUGGCUACAACCUAACUCUGUCUGCAAUGCUGUUAGACUGUGAUGGGGGACUCCAGAUGAAAGGAGAUAUUUUUGAUGGAACUAACUUUUCCCACCUACCCCCAAGCAGUAGUGAUGGUCAGGGUGUUCCCCUCUCGCCUGUGAGUAAAACCAUGGAGUUGUCUCCCAGAACUCUUCUUAGCCCUUCCUCCAUCAAAGUGGAAGGGAUUGAAGACUUCGAAAGCCCCUCCAUGUCCUCCGUUAAUCUAAACUUUGACCAAACUAAGCUGGACAAUGACGACUGUUCCUCUGUCAACACGGCAAUCACAGAUACCACCACUGGAGAUGAGGGCAAUGCAGAUAACGACAGUGCGACAGGAAUAGCAACUGAAACCAAAUCUUCUUCAGCACCCAAUGAAGGGUUGACCAAAGUGGCCAUGAUGGCAAUGUCUGAGUAUGAAGAUCGGUUGUCAUCGGGUCUGGUCAGCCCAGCCCCGAGCUUCUACAGCAAGGAAUAUGACAACGAAGGCACAGUGGACUACAGUGAAACCUCAAGCCUUGCAGAUCCCUGCUCCCCGAGUCCUGGUGCAAGCGGGUCAACAGGCAAAUCUGGAGAUAGCGGGGAUAGGCCUGGGCAGAAACGUUUUCGCACUCAAAUGACCAAUCUGCAGCUAAAGGUCCUCAAGUCAUGCUUUAAUGACUACAGGACGCCCACCAUGCUAGAGUGUGAGGUCCUGGGCAAUGACAUUGGACUGCCAAAGAGAGUCGUUCAGGUCUGGUUCCAGAAUGCCCGGGCAAAGGAAAAGAAGUCUAAGUUAAGCAUGGCCAAGCAUUUUGGUAUAAACCAAACAAGUUAUGAGGGACCCAAAACAGAGUGCACUUUGUGUGGCAUCAAGUACAGCGCUCGGCUGUCUGUACGUGACCAUAUCUUUUCCCAACAGCAUAUCUCCAAAGUUAAAGACACUAUUGGAAGCCAGUUGGACAAGGAGAAAGAAUACUUUGACCCAGCCACUGUACGUCAGUUGAUGGCUCAGCAAGAGUUGGACCGGAUUAAAAAGGCCAAUGAGGUCCUCGGACUGGCAGCUCAGCAGCAAGGGAUGUUUGACAAUGCCCCUCUUCAGGCUCUUAACCUUCCUACAGCGUAUCCAGCGCUCCAGGGCAUUCCUCCUGUGUUGCUCCCCGGCCUCAACAGCCCCUCCUUGCCAGGCUUUACUCCAUCCAACACAGCUUUAACGUCUCCCAAACCGAACUUGAUGGGUCUGCCCAGCACAACAGUUCCUUCCCCUGGCCUCCCCACAUCUGGAUUACCAAAUAAACCGUCCUCGGCAUCGCUGAGCUCCCCAACCCCAGCACAAGCCACAAUGGCAAUGAACCCUCAGCAACCCUCCCAACCCCUGCAGCCACAGGUGCAGCAGCAGCCACCACCACCACCGCCAGCAGCAGCCCAGCCGCCACCCGCACCACAGCUCCCGCUGCAGCAGCAGCAACGCAAGGACAAGGACAGUGAGAAAGUGAAGGAGAAAGAAAAGGCACACAAAGGGAAAGGGGAGCUCCUGCCUGUCCCCAAGAAGGAGAAAGGAGAGGGUCCCACAGCGGCGGCAGCCACGAUUUCUGCCCCACUCCCCGCCAUGGAGUAUGCAGUGGAUCCUGCACAGCUGCAGGCCCUGCAGGCAGCCUUGACUUCGGACCCCACAGCAUUGCUCACGAGCCAGUUCCUUCCUUACUUUGUACCAGGCUUUUCUCCUUAUUAUGCUCCCCAGAUCCCUGGCGCCCUGCAGAGUGGGUACCUGCAGCCUAUGUAUGGCAUGGAAGGCCUGUUUCCCUACAGCCCUGCGCUGUCACAGGCCCUGAUGGGGCUGUCCCCUGGCUCCCUACUGCAGCAGUACCAGCAAUACCAGCAGAGUCUGCAGGAGGCCAUCCAGCAGCAGCAGCAGCAGCAGCAGCGACAACUGCAGCAGCAGCAAAAAGUGCAGCAGCCCAAAGCAAGCCAAACACCAGUCCCCCAGGGGGCUGCUUCCCCAGACAAAGACCCUGCCAAAGAAUCCCCCAAACCAGAAGAGCAGAAAAACGCACCCCGUGAGGUGUCCCCUCUCCUGCCGAAACCCCCCGAAGAGCCAGAAGCAGAAAGCAAAAGUGCGGACUCCCUCUACGACCCCUUCAUUGUUCCAAAGGUGCAGUACAAGUUGGUCUGCCGUAAGUGCCAGGCAGGCUUCAGUGACGAGGAGGCGGCGAGGAGCCACCUGAAGUCCCUCUGCUUUUUCGGCCAGUCUGUGGUGAACCUGCAAGAGAUGGUGCUUCAUGUCCCCACCGGCGGCGGCGGCAGCGGCAGCGGCAGCGGCAGCGGCGGCAACGGCAGCGGCGGCGGUAAUGGUGGCGGCGGCUCGUACCACUGCCUGGCGUGCGAGAGCGCGCUCUGUGGGGAGGAAGCUCUGAGUCAACAUCUCGAGUCGGCCUUGCACAAACACAGAACAAUCACGAGAGCAGCAAGAAACGCCAAAGAGCACCCUAGUUUAUUACCUCACUCUGCCUGCUUCCCCGAUCCUAGCACCGCAUCUACCUCGCAGUCUGCCGCUCACUCAAACGACAGCCCCCCUCCCCCGUCGGCCGCCGCCCCCCCCUCCGCUUCCCCCCACGCCUCCAGGAAGUCUUGGCCGCAAGUGGUCUCCCGGGCUUCGGCUGCGAAGCCCCCUUCUUUUCCUCCUCUCUCCUCAUCUUCAACGGUUACCUCAAGUUCAUGCAGCACCUCAGGGGUUCAGCCCUCGAUGCCAACAGACGACUAUUCGGAGGAGUCUGACACGGAUCUCAGCCAAAAGUCCGACGGACCGGCGAGCCCGGUGGAGGGUCCCAAAGACCCCAGCUGCCCCAAGGACAGUGGUCUGACCAGUGUAGGAACGGACACCUUCAGAUUCAAUUUUGAGCUGCAGGGCCUCAGGCCAGAUAGAAGCCGGGAACCCAGAACAGGCACCCGCUGCCUCAGUGCUGCCUGUGCAUCUGCCCAGAGGCUGUGGCCAAGGAAGAGACCAGCCCUACACAGCAGCUGGACAUGGCGCCCUCACUAGCAGGAGGGAGUGGAGGGUGCGGGGCAGCGCGGCCCAGCUUCCCUGAGGCUGCCUGGAGACUCCUCAAGGGAGAGGAUGCUCCACAGCCAUUGCUGCCAUGCCUGCCGGCUCAUUAAUAACACAGAAUAGUCAAGAUUUUUUGCUACUGCCAUAAAUGUGAAAUGUCAGAUAACAAGACAGCUGAUAAGUAAAGAGUACGUGAUUUCAUCUAGGGCUAGGUAUGCCCCGCUACUGAAGAAAGACCUUUCUUAGAACUGUACUCAAAUGUCCCACAAACUGUUUCCCAUCCUGUAUGAAUGUCAGGUACUGUUCUCUUUCAAACUUUUGGAUGGUUAAUACAAUGGCCUCAAGUAGUAUCCUUACAUGCAUGCACAUGAAUCCUUGUGGGGGAACCUGUGAAGACCUCCAGAGUUCUAACAACCUUGUCACCUUGCCAUAAUUGCCGUAAUGCCACAUAGAGUAGGAAAAUCAUUUCUUGGUUUUUACAAUUAUAAUCUAGAUCUGUGGAAGCAGAGGCAUGACUGAUCCUUCCCACUUAACUAUAAAUGUUAUCACUAUUCAUAAAAUUAUCUAAGCCAGUUUAAAAAAUUCAUUUCAUUUCAGUGUCUUCCUUCAGAAAGAGUAUUUUUAGGUUAACUAAAUGUGGAUCAAGAAAUUUGAGGAUGAUUUAAAUGUGUGGCUCUCAGGGUAGAUGAGUUCACUGUACUGAGUAAUCAGCCCCCAACACAACAUUUUGCUAUACUCAAAUCAUAAUUUUUGUUGCAUAUUUGUUUACUUUGGGAAAAAUUAAUUCCUAUUCUUACAGAAGGCCUGGUGGCACAGCAGUUAAAUUCCUUGACUGCAAAUCCAAAGGUCAGGGAUUGGAAAUCACUCUGAUGGAGAAAGAUGUGGCAGUCUGCUCCUGUAAAGAUUUACAGCCUUGGAAACGCUACGGAGUCACUAUGAGUUGGAAUAGACUUGACGGCUGUGGGUUUGGUUUGGUUUUUAUUUUUAUUGUGCUUUAGGUGAAAGUUAACAAAUGAAGUCAGUCUCUCAUACAAAAAGUUAUACACACCUUUCUAUGUACUCCUAGCUGCUGUCCUCCUAAUGAGACAGUACAUUCAUUACUCUCUACCCUGUAUUCCCCGUGUCCAUUCAACCAGCUCCUGUGCCCCUCUUCCUUCUGAUCUUGCAACCAGACAGAAGUUGCGUACAUAGUCUCAAGUGUCUACUUGAGCCAAGAAGCUCACGCCUCACCAGUAUCAUUGUCUAUCUUAUAGUCCAGUCCAAUCCCUGUCUGUAGAGUUGGCUUCAGGAAUGGUUCCAAUCUUGGGCUAACAAAAGGUUCGAGGACCAUGACUGUCAGGGUCCCUCCAGUCUCAGUCAGAACAUUAAGCCUGGUCUUUUUACAAGAAUUUGAGAUCUGCAUCCCACUAUUCUCCUGGUCCAACAGGGAUUCUCUGUUGUGUUGCCUGUCACAGCAGUGAUCGGUGGUCGUAGACAGGCACCAUCUAGUUCUUCUGGCCUCAGGCUGAUGUAGUCUCUGGUUUAUGUGGCUCUUUCUAUCUCUUGGGCUCAUCUUUACCAUAUGUCUUUGGUGUUCUUCAUUCUCCUUUGCUUCAGGUGGUUGAGACCAAUUGAUGCAUCUUAGAUGGCCGCUUGCUAGCAUUUAAGACCCCAGACGCCUCUCACCAAAGUGGAAUGCAGAACAUUUUCUUAAUACGUUUUAUUAUGCCAAUUGACCUAGAUGUCCCCUGAAACCAUGGUCCCCAGACCCCUGUCCCUGCUACUCUGGACUUCGAAGUGUUUGGUUGUAUUCAGGAAACUUAUUUGCUUUUGGUUAAGUCCAGUUGUACUGAUACCCUGUGUUGUGUGUUGCCCUUCCAUUCACCUAAAAUAAUUAUUGUCUAUUUUAUCUAGUUAGUGAAUGUCCCUCUCCCUCCCUCCCCACCCUCAUAACCAUCAAAGAAUAUUUUUUUUAUGUUUAAACUUUAUCUAGAGUUCUUAUAAUAGUAGUCUCAUACAAUAUUUGUCCUUUUACAACUAAUUUCACUCAGCAUAAUGUCUUCUAGAUUCCUCCAUGUUAUGAAAUGUUUCAAAGAUUCAUCAUUGUUCUUAAUCAUGUAUUAUUCCAUUGUGUGAAUAUACAAUAAUUUAUCCAUUCAUCUGUUAAUGGACACCUUGGUUGCUUCCAUCUUUUUGUGAUUAUAAACAGUGCUACAAUGAACUUGGGUAUGCAUAUAUCUGUUCGUGUGAAGGCUCUUAUUUCUUUAGGGUAUAUUCCAAGGAGUGGAACUGCUGGAUCGUAUGGUAGUUCUAUUUCUAGUUUUUUAAGGAAGCACCAAAUCGAUUUCCAAAGUGGUUGUACCAUUUUACAUUCCUACCAGUAGUGCAUAAGUGUUCCAGUCUCUCCACAACUCUCCAAUAUUUACUAUUUUGUGUUUUUUGGAUUAAUGCCAGCCUUGUUGGGGUGAGAUGGAAUCUCAUUGUGGUUCUGAUUUCCAUUUCUCUAAUGGCUAAUGACCAUGAGCAUUUCCUCAUAUAUCUGUUAGCUGCCUGAAUGUCUUCCUUGGUAAAGUGCCUGUUCAUAUC